AUGGACAGCUCACUGAAAGACGUGGGCCUUGAUUCUAUGUGCCCGACCCACUAUUCGAGGACCACGUCGGAUUUCAUGUGUAGAUACACACGCAAAGCCGAGCUCGCCAUCAAGCAGGCCCUCGGCAACAUGGGGAUCAAGUCUGUGGCAAUACUCUGUGAUGCCUCGCCAAAAGCUAAGAUGGAUGCUCUCCGGCCGAAGGCUUUGAACAACAUCCGAUCGGAACGGUUGAGCAGCCGGCAAGAACUCAAAGCCCUCGGGAACGUGCUCUCACACGUCAACAUCAGUUUGGACGACCUCUUCCCGACGCAGCCGCUGCUCCCAGCGAAAGAGACUGAAACCCGCGAGCUUUACAAGCUGAAAUCCGCCGCUAUGCCCUUUCUGUUCGACCGCGAGACCGGGGCGAGCCGAUGGGACGUCCCCAUACACACGGCCCACCUGCGAUUAGUGGUAUGCCCCGACCAAGGAGGACCGAUGUUUUGCUGCUAUCAGUAUCUGGCUCACCUCGGAGCCGCUGUCUCUUUGGUGAGAGACGAGCUGAAUGACUACUUUAUGUGGCUGGCUCUUCAGGGCCAGGAAGCCACGCCCGACGAUGUGCUCAUGGAAAUGUUUCAGCGGGACAUACUCAAAGAGAACUGUAUGGAGGAGACACCGGACCGGCAGCUGAACUUCACGAGGGUGGUGGAUAUCCUGGGCAAAACAUGCAAGUUUAAUGCCGAGACGUUUUCGUGGUCGAGAUGGUGCUCCUGGGCCCACACCUCAAAAAGAUUUCAGAUGAGUGCGACUUUGCUCCUUAUCCUGUGGUCGGCUAUGGAGGCCCCGGCUCUAGGUCCUAAUCAGUCCUAA